UUUCAGGCGUCAGCAGUCUACGUGGCUGGCUGACGCAUUUUGUUCUUUUCCCCAAAUUCCAAGGAGCGUUCAAGUGGUCGAUUCCUUUACGGGAACUGUAGACUUGUUUCUAUGCAUUGGCAAGUAGAAUUACUUUUAUUUAAGGUUUAUUUGAUUAUCUGAAAUACCUAAAUAUUCUAAAUUAUAUUCACAUUUGAACGUAUGCGUUUAACUUGAAUUUGGAUGGAGUUUCUUGCGCUAGUCUGCUGCGAAACUUCUAGAGCUGUGGGCCAUUGUCGCUUGCAGUCGCAGCCGCUACUUUGAAUCAAUUCCUUUUCAUGUAGGCCUAGUAGGCAAUAGGAAACUGCAAGCCGAAACGUUGUUGCAGGCUACAAAAAUGCCAAGUAAUGAAGUAAAGCAAAGGAAGAAGACCGCGGCUCAGAAACAAAAUGACGAACCGGUCGAAACGUCAAAGUACACUUCCGAAGAUGAAGCAAAAAAAGCAAAAGCUACCGAAGGAAAUAGCUUGGCUGAACGUAAAAGCUCCUCACCGUCCUCCCUGGAUGUGAAAACGAUAACUUGUCUACUGUCACUGAUAGUUUGCAUAGUGCUUACAUGGGUGGUAUUACAGCAGAAUGCAAGAUUCUUCGACGUGGAAGAAAAGUACAAACUACUGUCUGGGAAGACUGCAAGUCUCCUUGAAAUGGAGGAGGAAGUCAUCAAAGUGUCCAAGAAGUGCGAGGGUGUCCAGAGCCUGUUGGAGCAUAUAGAGAGGCAGCCUGGUGGUCUCCUGCCCCACUUGGAGGCCCUGGAGCGGGAUGUAAGCCAGCUGAAGGACUGGGCGUCCGGCCUAACGGAGAAACGCGGCCUGCACCAGGACAGAGUGGCAGCACUGACCGAGGCUGUGGGACAAAUCGAGGGACGCACCUCUGCCAUCACUAAGGAUGUCAACACUAAGGUGGCGUCGGUGCGGACAGACGUGCGUCGGAUGGAUGGGCUCCAGUCGGAGGUGGAGUCUCUCCUGGAGAAGGUAACGGAGCUGGAGGAGAGGGCCGCCCAGGCCGAACGCAGCAUGGUCAAACGUAUCGGCGACCUGCUGGCCGGCAGCAUCGACCGCAUCCAGGGCCUCAAGGGCGCCACGGAGCGCAACGCCCAAGCCCUGGAGCAGCUCAAACGCCGCCUACCCGAGCUGUUCGCCAACGACCAGCAGAUCUCAGAGCGCCUGAGGGAGCUGGAAAGCGGCCGUGCCCGAUUGGUCCGCACGGUGACCUUUGCCGGCGACCUCAAGCCCAAGGUGGCGGCCAUCAAGCGGGACUUCGGGGCGCUGGCUCCGCAGGUGGAUGAGCUGACCCUGAGGAUCGGCCGUCUGGCCGAGGAUCUGACCAGGAGGGAGGAGGACAUCGCAGAGCUACGGCAGACCUUCGCUAACCUCAGCGCUGUGGAGGAGGACCUAGGAGUUGUGACACAGCAGUUGAGUCAGAUAGUUAAGCCUGAGAUGCAGGUAGUGGGAGGAGAGAUGCUUCUGCAGAAAGUCAACGUGAGUCAAGCCCUCCCUCAGACACUGGAAGGAGAGCUGUGAAGGAGUGCUUUUCUAUAAGCUAUAGAUCUACAGAGUAAAUGGCAAACUUUCAGCUUGUCACCAAUCCUUCCCUUACAAUAACUUGCACAUUUUUGUAAAUGUAAACAGAGUUUGCUGAUCUCUCUACACCCAUGGUUGACCCCACCUAGCUCUUACAACAGGUACUUCUGGAUUCCCCCCAGAGAUCUUGAUUAAUGUAAGCAAUAUAAUGGAAACCACAGAAGAACAGGUUACUCCCCCUAUAAUGUACAUUCCAGUAUACUUUCCAUUGACUGUAUACCUAUACAGAUCUUUAGGGGGUUGAGAGGUAAGUCCUAGGGGUUAGGUUGAGACUAACUGGGCCUUUUGUCUAGAAUGCUGACUAACGUAUGUUGCUCUACAAAUUGUAUCCUUGAAUGAACCUGUCAUAUGUGUAGGUUGGCAUUUAUUGCGAUGAAUCUUGUCCUGGAGGCAGAGCUGAGCAAUUUCCACUAGAAGGGCCAGUGGCAAAGUCAAAAUUCAUGAAAACAAAAAUGUGCUUGUUGGUCUUAAUUUAAGGUUAGCAGUGUGGUUUAGGUUAGGUUUAAAAUCAGAUUUUAUGACUGCGCCAGCUAGUGACUACCCUGCAGAGCUGCCUCCAGUACAUGAGUCAUCCCAAUAAAUGCCAACCUACGUCCUAGGAGGCUGGAAUGUUAUUUUUUGAGAACAAUUCCAUCAAUCAUGGUGAAUGAGAGGUCUUGCUGGUCCACAGUUUUGGAAUGUGAGCAGUCUCUUGAACAGUUUCCCCCUAAUCAGUUGUCAGUCUGGCCAGUGGUGGGGUUGUAACAACUAGAGGUCGACCGAUUAUGAUUUUUCAGCGCCGAUACCGAUUAUUGGAGGACCCCCAAAAAAAGCCGAUACCGAUUAAUCGGCCGAUUCUUUUUAUUUAUUUGUAAUAAUGACAAUUACAACAAUUCUGAAUGAACACUUAUUUUAACUUAAGAUAAUACAUCAAUAAAAUCAAUUUAGCCUCAAAUAAAUAAUGAAAC